GGCCGCGGCGGGCCUUGAGAGACGCCUCUUCGCUCGGGCCGCGGAAUGGCGGCGGCGGCGGCGAGGAGCCGGUGCUGGGCGGCGCUGGGCCGGGCGCGGGCCUCCUCCUCCUCCUCCUCCUCCUGCCUGCGCUGGGGGCUGCGGGUCCCGGCCUGGGCGGCUCUCGGGGCGAGGCCGGAGCUGCUGCCCCCGCGGCGCUGCCUCUCCUCCCGGAAUCGCCCUGAGGGCAAAGUCUUGGAGACAGUAGGGGUCUUUGAAGUGCCAAAGCAGCAUGGCAAAUACGAGACGGGACAGUUGUUCCUCCACAGUAUAUUCGGAUACCGGGGAAUUGUCCUCUUUCCUUGGCAAGCCAGGUUGUACGACCGAGAUGUCGCUUCUCCUGUGCCUGAAAAGAGUGAUUCUGCUGCUGGACAUGGAUCCAAAGAAGUGAAAGGAAAGACACACACUUACUAUCAGGUCCUGAUCGAUGCUCGCGACUGCCCACACAUAUCUCAGAGAUCCCAAACAGAAGCCGUGACGUUCUUGGCCAACCACGACGACAGCCGAGCCCUCUAUGCAAUCCCAGGACUGGACUACGUGAGCCACGAGGACAUCCUGCCAUACACGUCCACGGAUCAGGUGCCCAUCCAGCACGAGCUCUUUGAACGGUUCCUCCUGUACGAUCAGACAAAAGCUCCCCCGUUUGUGGCGAGGGACACGCUCUGCGCCUGGCAGGAGAAGAACCACCCGUGGCUGGAGCUCUCUGACGUCCACCGGGAGACCACCGAGAACAUCCGGGUCACCGUCAUCCCCUUCUACAUGGGCAUGCGGGAAGCGCAGAAUUCUCACGUCUACUGGUGGCGCUACUGCAUCCGCCUGGAAAACCUCAACAAUGAAGUUGUGCAGCUCCGGGAACGACACUGGAGGAUAUUCAGCUUGUCCGGCACCCUGGAGACCGUCCGUGGCCGGGGAGUGGUGGGUCGGGAACCUGUCUUGUCCAAAGAGCAGCCGGCCUUCCAAUACAGCAGCCACGUCUCCUUGCAGGCGUCCAGUGGGCACAUGUGGGGCACCUUCCGUUUUGAACGGCCCGACGGCUCCCAUUUCGAUGUCCGGAUCCCCCCCUUCUCCCUGGAAAGCAAUAAGGACGAGAAGACGCCCCCUUCUGGCCUCCACUGGUAGAGCAGCCUUAGGAAGCCAGCCCCCCCUCCCCCUUUUUGCCCCUCUGGACAGUUUUCCUCCCAGGACCCCCCACCCCUCAAGGGCUGACACUAGUUCUAGGUUUGAAAGAGUGUCCCUCCCACCCCCGACUCCAUCUCGAACAACUGGACCUCGAGAGGGGUGGGCUCUGGCCGUCUGCCCUCUCGCCACCGGCCUCCCGACUAGGGGCACCUCGAGCAAAGCUGCCCUGGACGGAAGCCGCAAAGCUCUCCGAAGGCCUGUGGACUCUUCCAGAUGUGAGGUGGUGUGUUUCUUCAUUAAAUAAACCGGCCUCCCUGUUACGGCACCAUCUUCCUCGUCACCUGUGUCUCCAUCGGUCCCCCCUUGUGGGGCGGGGGGCGCAGCAGCCCAGGCCCUUCUGUCACUUGAAUGGCACCGUGCCCCACUCGCCCCCCCUCUCUUUGCCGGGCCAGUUUGCACCCGACUUGUUAGCCCUCCCUGGCCUUGUUGCCAGAGCCUCUUCCCCUCCUCUUCGGUUGUUCUGAAUUGUGGCCAGGGGACUCGGGGGGGGCAGCUGCCCAGGACGAAAUAAAGUGCCACUGACUGCACAAGCAGGAAGCUGACCUCUGUGAAGCAACUGGCAGGCUGGAGAUUUCCUCCAGCCACCUGGGGUUGGCACACCUGGCAGAACGAGGUUCCUGGUGCCAAAUUGGGAGGCAGAUGCGCAGAGUCUUUGCCUCCACAGGGUGCACAGCUAUGAGGCCCGUUUGUCAACCAUCCCAGCUUCUAGGAAACAUCCAGCGUGCCACGGAGAGGACCUCUGCGCUUGUAAUAAAACGAGGACUUCUGAA